UUUUUUUGUUAAAAGGUUAUAAUUCUUCAACAUUAAACCGACUUCCAAACUCCUGUAAAUUACAAACGAAGUUCGAGAGAACAAGAAAUCAUUUUCGAAGCUCAUACUCUCUGGAAAUCACCCAGCUCAAAUGAAGGCGUCGAUCAAACGGCCGCCGUCUCCGGAUGCAGAAAUUGAUCGGAAUCGCGAGCCAACCACCGUUCAAGCAACCGUCAAUAUGAAGUUAAUUGAGAGCGAAGAAAAGGAGCGAUUGAAGGAACUGUUGAGAGAAAAGCUUGUUGAAUGUGGCUGGAGAGAUGAGAUGAAAUCCGUUUGCAGGGAGAUUGCGAGGAAGAACGGAAGGAAAAACGUAACUGUGGAUGAACUCGUCGAUGCCAUAACCCCGAAAGGAAGAGCUUCUGUACCUGAUUCGGUAAAAGCAGAUAUGUUGCAUCGGAUUCGCUCGAUUGUUGGAUCAACUUCUCUUUGAUGCGGCGCAACAUUUACAUUCGACAAUUUACGAAGAGAUGCAUUGACGACAAAUUAGAUGAAAGACACAUCAGCUCCUAUUAGAAUUCAUUUUUUGGAGAAAUAUUGAAAAAUGCCAGCUAAUUAACAUGGUGUUGGCCUUGUUGAUUGAGCUGAUGUUACUAAAUAGUCAUAAUUCAUUUACCAACUUAUUUUUCCCUUUCAUUUAAGCUUUGAUUACUUAUAAUUAGGAUGUCAUAUAUUUUCCUUUUAAGACUUUAUAAUAAUAUGAGAGGUUACUAUAUUUUCUUAAUU